UAAACUAGACACAGGACUUCAGUUCCUUUUUUAUUGGACAUUUUUUUGUUGACAUCGUACAUCACAAGUUGUUUAUCUUUGGGAACUGAAUCCAUAUUUGUGAUUACUGUCACAUAAUGGAUUUAAUAACAUAAUUAUCUCGACUAAUUAUGGAACUCGCAGGUACUAAAAAGAAUAAGACCCGUAAGAGAAAGAGAUAUUUGAAAAACAAGCAACGUCGGGUUCGACGGAAAUUGGAGGUUAAAGGAACAGGACGACGAAAAUUUUCUCACAAUAUAUCAACAAAUAUGACGAGUGAAGAGUCUCAAUCAUAUUCGAUAGGCGCACACACCUUUUGGGAAAAUUAUAAAGUUGCUCAAGAUUGGCAACAAAGACACAGCGUGGCUUGGUGGAAAUCUCGCUGUUACGCGUUAGAACAUGAGAACGAUAUACUUCGCCAGAAGGUUCGCAGCCAAGCUAAUCACAUAGGGCGACGGAUAGUGUCUCAUGGGACCAGUAAUAAAAGUCAAUCCAAAGAAACUAUAAACUGGCCUGAAACUGGAGAAGAAGCAGAAAAAGAAGAGGAAGAAGAUAACGAAGAUGAAAACAACGAAAAUUUUGAGUUUCACGUCGAUAAAGACAUGCUCGAUUUCCUGGAGCAAAGUAUUCGUCAUAAAAUGGAGUUGAAACGUUUACGAAAGACGGAAACUGAAAGUCCGUCUACAGAUACAAAAGACGAUGCACCGUUCGUCACGAGCGAAGCUCGUAUACAAGCCAAAACAAAAGACGCUCAGUUAUUGUACGGUAGUGCAAGUCCUAGGAUAAUGGCAAUGGAAGCUGCUUUGCAAGCAACCAUUGAUAGACAUCGCGAUCGUGCGAGCCCCCAUUACUGGCCCAAUAUCCCCUUAAAACCCUAACAUCCUCCGUUACUGUAUCGACUAAGAUUCAGAAUUUCAUAUAAUAUUUUGAAAAGUAUCAAUUCAUAAAUAUUUUCCAAAACACCACUCAUUAUUCAGUUAAUUUAUUAAUGUAAGAAGUGUCAUUUCUCGUAUUCGUAGAUGUCCACUAGAGUCUUGUGGAAACAUACGCAUUAUUUUUUCGAAGUUUUUAAAUUCAUGUCAAAUGAUAAAUUACUUUUGUUGAUGAAUAAAUUAGUUCCUCCUUAACGACUAA